GGGGUGCAGCCGAAUGAGCUGACGGUGAGCAGCGUGCUGCCCGCGUGCGCGGCUGUUGGGGCCAUGGAGCUGGGGAGGAAGGUGGAGGAGUACGCGAGGGGCAAAGGCCACCUGGUGAAUGUGUAUGUGGCCAAUGCACUGCUGGAGAUGUAUGCCAAGUGUGGCAGCAUCCAGAGAGCUUGGCAGGUGUUUCAGGGGAUCGGUCGUCGGCGAGAUCUCUGUUCUUCGAACUCAAUGAUCAUGGCAUUCGCCUUGCAUGGCUCCUGGAGGGAAGCACUUGCCUUGUUCCAUAAGUUGAGGAUGACAGGGGCUAAACCAGAUGGUAUCACAUUUGUUGGAGUCAUUUUGGCUUGCACUCAUGGAGGUUUGGUAGAUGAAGGAAAGCUACUCUUCAACUCCAUGGAGGCCGAAUUUAGUAUUACUCCAAGAAUUGAGCACUAUGGUUGCAUGGUUGAUCUGCUUGGGCGUGCUGGUCUCCUGAAUGAAGCCUACAGUAUGAUAGUAAGCAUGCCAGUGGAGCCUGACGCCGUCAUCUGGGGAGCCUUGCUCGGUGCCUGCAGCUUCCAUGGAAACGUAGAACUAGCGGAAACAGCAGUAAACAAACUCAUCUUUCUUGAGCCACAAAACACUGGAAAUCUGGUGAUCCUGUCAAACAUAUACGCGUCGUCUGGAAAAUGGGACGGUGUUGCCCAGGUAUGGAAGUUACUCAAGGAGAAAGACCACAAGAAAUCAGCUGGGUACAGCUUCAUAGAGCUAGAUGGCAGGAUGCACAAGUUCCUUGUUGAGGAUAAGUCACAUCCAAGAUUUGUGGAGGUGUACAGCACCCUUGACAGUGUCACAAUGCUCAUGAAGCUUGUCGGACUAGAAAAUGAGGAAGAAGCGGAACAGCUGUUUCUGUCACCUGUAGAGAUCUAAAUUCCUAGAGAUGUGAAGAGACUGUGAUCAUAAAAGUGAUCUGGGAUUUCCUAUGAACUGCUCUGAUCUGAUCUUCCGAGUCAAAUUGAUGUAGCAAGGGAUUUUUCAAAAGGUGGCAACAGAAGGAAUGCCAAAUCAAGUCAGUGCGUAGCACCACCUGGGCAUCGACUCUUCUCUUCUUGCUGCUAUAAAUCAAAAUGGUCGUUCAUGCUGUGCUUGCUAUUAAGAUGCACAGACCACCGAGAAUUGCAGACGAAGCAUAUAAUUCCAAGAUACAGCCCAACAAGGUACGUUUAUUCUUGAGCAGAGGCGGAGCCAAUCCUCUGUUCCCUUUUGGAGCUUUGGCAUCUGGCAAGUUAUAGCUGCAACCUGCGACGACGCCGAGGUGAGUUUUCCCAAAAGAACAUCAUUGCCAGUUGCUCGGAAGGUGCUGUUGCGUAGUGGAGAGGAGGUUGACCUGCAGAGCCUGGACCUCUCGGGGUCACCGGCGGUAGCGCCACCAGUGAUCUUGAGAACCAGACUAUAGUCCCAACAAGGUACAUCUCGUUUCAUGAAUGAGGCGAUCCCUGUAAUAACACGUUCCCUCCUGAUGUGUUCGAUUGCAGUUUAUUACUCAAUUUUGAUUUAUUAUUGAGCUGGUAAAAGAAGUAGCAGAUAUAGAGAGUUUGUUUAUAGCCCCCGUGCACAUGCAGGAUGUAUCCAUUAUCUGGACUGGCCUUUUUUUUUUGUCAAGAUCUAUGUUGGAAUCUUGGAAAUUGUUUGCUCGUUUGGAGAACAUAAUAAAAAUGGCUAGACAGGACUCGAAAAAAAAUGGCUAGAAUUUUCUUUGCCGCAACAUGUCAAUUUCUAGUUAUUUUUGGGGUUUUGCUAAAUGUCACGUGGCUGAAUUUUUUGCUGGCGUCAGUUGAAUUUGGUCGAGGCCAAUGAUAGGGGCGACGUGAGGAGCGCAGUGAUGUUGACCCUGGCGUGGCCGAGCCAGGACCUCGCUGGAGACAGGACAAUGCUGCGAAGGGCAGCAAGCUGUGGUGUCCAGGCUAAGGUGAGGAAGCAGGUUGACGGGUGCGGGUCAAGGA